AUUGUAUAUAUAUUGUAUAGUUUUUUAAAGGACGCUCCGUGUAUGUAUACAAGACUUAGGCUGCGUUCAUAAUUUACGUCACAUACACUAUAGAUUUUCAAUAUUGGCAGUGGAAUGCACCUUAACUAUCGACUGGAAACUUACCAUCAGCCGAGUAGCUGGAACAGUCGCGUAAUUCGUGCUCUGGACUUACGAUCUGUUUCUCAAUUAUUGACAGCAGUUAGUGACACAUUCUUGUGAAAAUAUACAUAUAUUUAAACCUCCAACACAUAUUCGCAGUUGAAUAAUUGAAGUUUCCAGUACAAAGAAGUCAAUCAUGCCUGUCACGCGAGAUCUCGUCAACGAACUCAUCGCAAAGGAUUCAGUCGUCAUAUUCUCCAAGACUCACUGCCCGUACUGCAAAAUGGCUAAGGAGGUGUUUGAAUCAUUAAAAAAAUCAUACACGGCGAUAGAAUUGGACAACAGGGAAGACGCACAAGACAUACAAGAUGUGUUGGGCGAAAUAACAGGUGCCAGAACAGUGCCCAGGGUAUUCCUCAAUGGAGAGUGUUUAGGAGGCGGUACCGAUGUGAAGAAAUUGUUCGACAGUGGCGAGCUUGAAAACAGAUUUUAACUUUUAAUCUUCGAUGUGCUCUAUGACAAAUGACAAAUAAUAUAUUCAAUAUAAAAUAAAAUAUAAUCUUUUCUAUAAUAUCAUCAUGUCUGCUGACACUCUCAUGUAAAGGCAAAAAAAAAAAAAGAAAAUAUAUUUGCUGAAUACCGAUUAAUUUUAAUUUUACUUUAAACAAUUUCUUAAGUAUGAACUUUCUUAAAUUUUACUGUUUACAAAAAGAGCUUAUAAAAUAUAGAAUCAAAUGAAUUACAUUUAAAAUUGAUCUCAUAGGGCUGGACAGAAUCGAUAUAUAAAAUCUACAUAACGCGAAACCGUUUUAAGUAUAUUGUAUUUAGUAUCUAUAUAAAUUAUGAUAAUUAAAAAUGAUAAUUAUAAUAUGUGCAAUACUUGUGCGACAUGAGGUAAGAAAUAAAUUUAGUUUCAAAGU